GACUACAUUUCCCAGUAACUUCCUGGUUCAGCCGUUUGACAAGCGGCAGAAGGCUCCUUGUCUUUCACACUACAAUCUGCAGCUAAUAUAGUUGCUCUGCAUAGACUUUGGCGACAGGAUGGGUGUAUCAGAUUUGCAGUCUGAUAAAAAUGCUGCCACACAAGGUCCUGUGAUGGAUCUUUCGGACCGGAGUAUGCAGAAGCUGGAACCUAGUUUCAUCUGCUCCGAGGACACUCACACCCUCAUCCUCGACCGUAAUCACAUAAUGAAACUGGACCACCUGGAACGGAGCCCAGGUCUCCAGCAGCUAUCUGUUGCCAGUAACCGUCUGGUGAGGAUGAUGGGAGUGUCUCGGCUAACAGAGUUGAGAGUCCUCAACCUUCCCAAUAACAGUAUCGGGUACAUCGAAGGGCUAAGAGAUCUCCCGCACUUGGAAUGGCUCAACCUUUCGGGGAACAAUAUUAAGGUCAUCGAGCAACUCAACAACUGUCUGUCCCUUCAACACCUGGAUCUGUCUGACAAUAACAUAUCUACAAUAGGUGAUCUCACCAAACUGGUGGCAUUGAAGACACUUUUACUCCAUGGAAACAGUAUUACAACUCUCCGUACAGUUCCUGCUCACCUCCCCGUCCAUUUAUCCAUCCUCUCCCUGGCAGAGAAUGAAAUCAGGGAUCUUAACGAGGCGUCAUACCUCGCGCCUCUCCAUGACCUGGAGCAGCUGUCCAUCAUGAGCAACCCCUGCGUUAUGUCGACCCCCUCACUGCCUGGUUUUGAUUAUCGGCCUUACGUCAUGAGUUGGUGCCUGAGCCUGAAAGUCCUGGAUGGCUAUGUCGUGUCACAGAAAGAAGGUCUCAAAGCAGAGUGGCUCUACAGUCAGGGAAAAGGACGUUCAUAUCGACCGGGUCAGCAUGUUCAGCUGGUUCAGUACCUGGCCACUGUUUGCCCCCUGACAUCAUCCCCAGCUCUAGAGACUGCAGAAGAUGCCAAACUGGAGAAGAUCCUCAGUAAGCAGAGGUUUCACCAGAGACAGCUGUUAGAGGAGACGACAGGAGGAUGUCCCAGCCCUCCGCGCCCAACUCAACUAGACGUGGAGAGGCACAGUCCUUCACAUGAAGAGCCACAGGGGGGAGCCAGAGAGCUGAGGAACAUCAGUCCACCUGCAUCAGCUGCUGCUGCACCAUCAGUACGGGAGACAGAGCCAGUUGUGCAGUUUAACACCUGGGUAAGCUGUGAUUCUUCCCACACAUCAUUGCCGGUGGUUCGCAGCCCGAGGCCCGGAGAGGAGCACAUGUUUCUAGAGGACGUGCUGACAGAUGAGGACAAACUGAACGGCAGCAUGCUUUCCUCAGAGUCGACUUUUCUCCCCUUCACAUCCGAUCUGGAUCCUCAAAUGACCCACUCUGACAGCGAGGAUGAGACGGAGACAUUUGAACCCGACUCCCUGGCUCCAAAGCAGCCGGCCGAGCAGAAAAAGCACAACACAAACAAGAAACAUCGAUCACAGACAGAGGAAAAGGGCUCUGAAGAAGUCCUUUCUGGUGGGGCGACUACAGCUGGAUCGGUGGCACUCAGAGUUAGCACACCGCAAAGUGAUCUGGAAACAUCCUCUGACUUUUGCAAAGCAGAGAUGAUGGAAGCCCCGACGCAGGAAGAAGUUCAAGUGUGUACAAGUAAAUCCUCUGUGACGGAGGCGGACAGGGCAGCGGUUAAAAUUCAGUCAUGGUGGAGGGGACAGCACACGCGCUGUUGUCACCCUGUCGCAAAAGAGGUGCGCAGUGAAAUCCGCCUGCACAGGAUGCAAGAACACAUUCUCUUCUUGUCUGAAGAAUUGGACAGGGUGCAGCAUCACUAUGAAGAGGAGCGCUUACAGAGGCUGGUUCAGGAGGAAGCUGUAAAGUUUCUGUGGAAACAGCUCCAGUCCAUGCAGCAGUGGAAACAGUCUGUGGAGCAGCAGCUGGCUGGCAUAACUCAGGCCGUCACCCCAGCUCAGGUCUCGGCUCCUGGACUGUGCGAGUCCGUCCCUCCUGUUGCAUCUGGCACCGAGAACCCGCCCAGCACGGACGUCUCCUUCCCUGACUCGGGCUUCCCGUCCACAGGUGACCACCAGUCGGCACGGGAGGACAGCUUCUUGAGCAGCGGGACGACGGACUCUCUGAAGACGGUCCGAGCGCUGAGCCCCGUUCAGAGUGGCUUCGCCGUGGACAGCGCAGACUGCAGCCUGAUGGAGCAGUACCUCUCGUCUGUGCAGCAGAGGGAGCAGGAGGCCGAGGAGGUGGUCAGUGAAAGAACAGAAACACCACAGCCCUCCUCACCAGUAUCACCAGUCAAAGCCACACAGUCCAAUUCCCCACUGGAGAAGGCUGCACACGACCAAUCAGAAGAACAGAGAAGGGAGGAAAACACUCCUGGCCUUAUUUGAGAGUCUAAUUGGCCCUCAUACAGAACUACUGAGUGGGUGUGUAAAUUUGGCACCAACUGUCGGCCUCUUGAGACUUCUCACAGUUGUGAUCAUCUUGAUAACCGCCCCAGAUGUAAAAUGGGUCAGUGCAUCUGGUUGGCUUUGUUACAAAAGACUGAACACUUUGCACACUUUAACAACACCUUAAUGUGAAUGUCAUUCAAGUGUUUUGAAAACUUGGAUCUUUUUGUUUUAGUCAGUAGAAAUGUUCCUCUCUGUGUAAAGAUAACGAUUGUAAUGUAGCUUUGGGCGAUAUUAGCAACUUCAGGGUUUAGGUUGAUACAUCAACUGGCAUUGUCUUUUUUCGAUCCUGAUCCUGGGGUCCCACUGGCCUGCAUGUGUUAGAUGUUUCCCUCUAAAACCUCUAAAAACAUGCAGGCCAGUGAGUCUCCAGGACCAGGAUUGACAGCCACUGGAUUAAAGGAGCAGACAUGGUGUGACCUAUUCUCUUCAUCAACAUCCAUUGCAAUGUAUACAUCGUGUAAACUAUAACAAUAAGAUUAGACAGCAAUGUGUUUAACAUAGCUCUAAUCCCUGAUAUAUACUAUAUUAAACAAUAAGCAUUCAGUCUAAUAACACGUUGCGUUUAUAGCUGUUUUUUUUAUAAUCUUGAGAUCGCAUCACCUGAAAAUGUAGCAUCAUUUUAAAAAUGUAAAUAAAUCCUCAAAUAUUAUUUUCCAACUGG